AUGAGUCAAUUAUCAAUUGAUGGUGUUUCAUUUAAAGAUAAAUUCGGUAGGGGGGCCGUUGACGGGGGUGUUGAAGAGAUAAUUGGUGGCCGGUCUGUAAAAAGGUGGGAGUCUGCCGUAAUAGCCACUUCACUGGCCAAUGAAGUAAGUGCUUUAAGUAGUUCCAAAAAGACAGCAUUGAUCCACAAUAUUAACCAUCACAACCAUAAGGCUACAAACGAACUGUUGAUCACAAGCAAUCCGUCACUAGUUAAAGAUAAUUCCUCAGAUGUCCUAAAAGAGAGUGCCUCAAGUCCAUUUAUCGUAUGUUUUCGUGAAUUAAAUAUGCCGGAAUCAGAGUACGAUGUUAUUGAGUUUAAAGCUGCUAUUGAUAUGUCAACAUUUGAUAGUGACAACCAAAUGCUUCAAUUCCUCAAAGCUAUCAUUCUUAAUUUUGAUGCAUGGAAAGAUGAAUGCAAGGAAAAGACUCUAUUAUUUCUAAGAGACGAAAUAGACGAAGAAGAGUACCGAGACCAUUUAGAAGCUUGUGUUACUAUGUCUAGAGAUGAUUUCAUCCGUCUUCUAUAUAAUCUACCUCCCAAUAGAUACGAGUGUAGAACAAUCCAAACUAUAAUGAGAUAUAGGCCAAAAGAUGUUACUAUAAAGGAGAUAUUAGCAAUCGCACCUCAGCUAGGGAUAGAAGGACAAUUACAUUUAAUAUAUGGCGACUAA